UGGAACAAGAAACAAUGAGACAUAGGAAAAGUUCCGAGCUUACUCAUUUACUGUUUUACAAACUGUGCUCACUAGUAACUUCUUCAGGUUUUCAUUCCUUCCUAUUAUGACUGUUGUCACAAAUUUCCUUUCAGAGGCACUGGGAUCACAGAGUGAACACACUACAACAAUGAAAGAUCAGCAACACUUAAAAACCAAAUUUCGACUCUAUACAGAUACAGCUGAGGGCAGCUGCCAGAUUUUUGUUAAUCAGUUGGAGACUCUUGACAAAUGCAGUUUCAAUGCCUCUCUUCCUCUGGUGAUGAUAGUCCAUGGCUGGUCGGUGGAUGGGAUAUUAGAGAGCUGGAUUUGGAAAAUGGCAGCAGCUCUGAAGGCUCAGCGUAACCAAAUGAACGUGGUCAUUGCAGACUGGCUGACGCUGGCUCACCAGCACUACCCCAUUGCCGUGUGGAACACGCGCACCACAGGACGGGAGAUUGCUCAGUUCCUGCAGUGGCUGGAGGAAUCCAUUCAGUUUUCCAGAAGCAAUGUUCAUCUAAUUGGGUACAGCCUAGGAGCUCAUGUUUCAGGAUUUGCUGGAAGUUUUAUCCAUGGUACAAAAAAGAUUGGAAGAAUUACAGGCCUUGACCCCGCUGGUCCCUUGUUUGAGGGAAUGUCACCAACAGACCGUCUAUCUCCAGAUGAUGCAAACUUUGUAGAUGCGAUUCACACCUUCACCAAGCAGCACAUGGGCCUCAGUGUCGGCAUCAAGCAGCCCGUGGCUCACUUUGACUUCUACCCCAACGGAGGCACCUUCCAGCCCGGCUGCCACAUCCUGCACGUGUACAACCACAUCGCACAGUUUGGCAUCACUGGCAUCACUCAAACUGUGAAAUGUGCCCAUGAGAGGUCAGUUCAUUUGUUCAUUGACUCUCUGCUGCACAAGGACAAGCAAAGCACGGCUUACUGGUGCAACGACAUCAACACUUUCAACAAAGGACUCUGCCUCAGCUGUAAGAAGAACCGGUGUAACACCCUGGGCUACAACAUCAGGGAGGAAAGGUUGCCCAAAAGCAGACGGCUCUUUCUGAAAACAAGAGCACGUAUGCCCUUCAAAGUGUAUCAUUAUCAGUUCAAGAUCCACAUUAUCAAUGAAAUCCCAGGCAAGGCAAUAGACCCAGCCUUCACCAUGUCACUGGCAGGGACUAAGGAGGAUGCUAAAAACCUGCAUAUCCCACUAGUUGAAGGUAUUAUUGGGAAUCAAACCUACUCCUUUCUCAUCACCCUGGACACUGAUAUCGGUGACCUCAUAAUGAUCAAGUUGAAAUGGGAAGGAGCUCCAGUUUGGGAAAAUAUCUGGGACACAUUCCAAACCAUAAUACCAUGGACAAAAGGCACCCGUCGGCCAGGCCUUAUAGUGAAGGCAAUAAGAGUGAAAGCAGGGGAAACACAGCAAAAAAGUACAUUCUGCCCCCAAAGCAUUGACAACAUUCACCUUCAUCCAUCCCAAGUGAAGACAUUUGUGAGAUGUGAAGAUCGCUUCCAGAAAGAAUACAGAAAAUGAGCAAGAACACAAAAAGACAACUCCUCACCACAAUAUUCAAAAUAUGAUACAUCUAGUCAAAUGUUUUAAAAAUUCAUAGCUGCAUCAAAUAUCCUAGCAGUUUCAGAGAUGGUGAAAAAAUACAUUAAGAUAUUUAGUUUUCAUCAUCCAACAGUAAGCUGAAAUAUGCUCUUUGAUCAUCUAGGAGCAUACUCUGAAAAUGGUCAGUGAGCAGUUUCAUCAAGGCAACUGUCAAUUUUCAACUGUUUAAAAUCUGAAAAAACAUCUGCUCACCAGAAAUAAAAAUAUUGUUUGACAAAAUCAUCACUGUAACCUGUGAAAAACUGAAUUUUGGUGGAUUUAAGGGAAAAAAAGAAAAUUUGUUUCCCUGUAAAUACUUUGAAAUGUUAAAUAGCUACACCUAUCAGUUAAAACUUUUCCAAAUUAUUUCCUAAUGAAGGCAGAGUUAAAUAGUUCUCAAAAGAAAAUA